UGGCCAGACGUUGAAGAACGGCUAGGGCGGGAAGGAGACAAAAUGAGACUGAGUCUUGAACUAAACGCAAAGUCGGUUGCGGCAGCGGUUGACAUCUCCAUCCAGCAAAAGGUGGAUCAGUUAGCACAGGAAAAGCAGUACAGAGCAGAGGUUCGAUCUGCGGUGCUCCAACAUUUGACGUCAAACGCGAACGGUACCUUUCCCUGGGUGUCGUUGAUAUGCCUAGACCUCAAAGCAACACAAAAAUGGAACGUACUAAAGAGGCUAGUGCUAUUACCGCCUGGACUAGGCUCUUUGUACAGGCGGAUAAUGCAUCAGAUCUGUGAGUCAGACAGUGCUGAGAUCUGUCAGCAGGUACUGGCAUCAACUGCAGUCUUGUAUCGGCCGGAUACAAUCUCCGAACUGGUUGCGCUCGUGGAGCCACUUGAGGACUUAGCCGAUGGCCUGGAGUCAGUGCGAGAGAUUAUUGGUCUCUAUGGAUUGUUUCUCACUGUACGAGAAGACACAAUCUACUUUAUGCAUCAGUCCGCACAAGACUUUCUCUUUGCAAAGGAGUUUGAUGAGGUCUUUCCACAUGGGAUCGAAGCCGUUCAUAAGGCGAUGUUUGUAAGAUCGCUCGCGAUUCUGUCCAAGACGUUGUACAGGGACAUGUACUGCCUGGAAGCACUAGGAACUCACAUUGACAACGUUCAACCGCCUAGGCCAGACUCACUAGCAGCAUCACGCUACCCGUGCGUCUACUGGAUUGAUCAUCUCUGCCACUCGAAACAUGAGUCUCAGGCAAAUGGCGUUGGCGACCCGCAAUUUAUGGUCAUAAGCAACGAGUUUUUGGAAACGAAGUAUCUCUCUUGGCUAGAAAGGCUUAGUCUGUGCAAGGGCAUGGGAAAAGGUAUGGUUUCAAUGGAAAAACUAUGGGCUUUAGCCAAGGAGACGCGGGAUGCGGACAAGCUGACAAAUCUUUUCCAAGACGCGCGGCAAGUCAUCAUGUACCAUAAAGGAGCAAUCGAAAGCUACCCUCUGCAAGCAUAUGCAUCUGCGUUGUUGUUCAGUCCGACAGGGAGCGCAAUCAGGAGGUUAUUCCAGCAGGAAGAGCCGAAAGGAAUCAUAGUCAAGCCAGCAAUGAGCAGCGGCUGGAGUGCGUGCUUGCAGAUGCUCGAGGGCCAUAGCAACCGUGUCAGCUCUGUAGCCUUCUCGCACGACUCGACCAAGCUGGCAUUGGCGUCAUUCGACAAAACCAUCAAGCUGUGGGAUGCGAGCAGCGGCGCGUGCCUACAGACGCUUAAAAUCGGCAAGCCUCUUUACAAUCUAUCCUUCAACUCUACCAACUCUUUUCUCUGUACUGAGAUAGGUACUAUUGCCAUAUGUUGCGGAUGUCAACACUUGUUGCGGUAUCGGUCACAUAUAAGCCCUGACCCACACAUCUGUAACGGUUCAAAGUUAGCACGUUUCAAGACAUGUAUAUAUCGUCGCCUCCUAGCUAGAUAG